AUGGCCGGAAGCAUAGCAGAUAAGAUAACACAGCCAAUCGAGGACCAAAUCAGAAAAGCUACUGGUCAAGGCGGACCAGGCUCUUCUUCAUCGACGCCUCUGCCUGUGAAACCAGAACCCAAGAUCAAGGAGUUUACUGCUGCUUACUAUGCAGCAUGUACCGUUGGUGGUAUAAUUGCUUGUGGCCCUACCCAUUCGGCAAUCACACCAUUAGAUCUUGUAAAGUGUAGACGUCAAGUUGACGCACAUUUGUACAAGUCCAACAUGCAAGGAUUCCGUACCAUAAUCAAGACACCGGGUGACUCUCUUUUCACGGGUUUUGGUGCUACCUUUAUUGGAUAUUCCUUCCAAGGUGCUGGUAAGUAUGGUUUUUAUGAAUUUUUCAAAAGACAGUAUAGUGUGCUUGUGGGCCCAAAAUAUGCUGAACAAUACAAGACGGGUGUGUUUUUGGCAGCCUCGGCCAGUGCUGAGUUUUUGGCAGAUAUUGCACUUUGUCCCUUUGAAACCAUCAAGGUCAAGACCCAAACGACCAUUCCACCUUUUGCAAAUAGUGUAUGGGAUGGAUGGCACAAGAUUGUAGCCAAAGAAGGUAUGGCUGGUUUGUACAAGGGUAUUGUACCAUUGUGGUGUAGACAAAUUCCAUACACAAUGGUGAAGUUUGCCAGUUUUGAAAACGUUGUUGAAAGAAUUUAUAAAUUUUUGGGCAAGCCAAAGAAGGACUUCAGCACUUUGCAGCAGACUGGUGUGAGUUUCCUUGGUGGUUAUAUUGCAGGUAUCUUUUGUGCCGUGGUUUCACACCCUGCCGAUGUGAUGGUGUCCAAAAUCAACUCGGACAAGCAACCUGGCGAAAGUACGGGCCAAGCCUUGGGCAGAAUAUACAAGAAGAUUGGAUUUACUGGCUUAUGGAAUGGAUUACCAGUGAGAAUCUUUAUGAUUGGUACCUUGACGGGAUUCCAGUGGUUGAUUUACGACUCCUUCAAGGUUAUUAUCGGAUUACCCACUACUGGUGGCCACUAA